GCAACGGGAAUAACUGGGGCCAGCUGAAAGCGCCUGCGCCACCGGCAGUUGUUUGUCGCGGGGGCGGGGGUCUGGUUGGAAAAACUAAGUCCUGGAGUUUUCCCUGAGCAGGAGUUGUCCCCGAGAGCCUCAGGUACGGGGAGACAUGGGGUCAGCACCUCGACCUCCUAGGGACCCGAUGGACGGGAAAGCGAGGGCUCGUCCCCAAAAGCGGAGUCCCCAAGGGGGGGUCCCCGUGCUGACCCUCCAGGACAGAACGUGACUUCCGCGUUCCGGAUCUCAAACUCGCCGCAGCCAGAUCAGGUGGGCCCCUCUUCUCAGGUUACAGACCUCCCUCCUUCUGCGCCGCAGGCUUCAGUCCAGGCUCUGAAUGGCUGGUCUCCAGUUGGCACCAUCCCUGCCUGUGGGUGUUAUGUUCCCAUAUAAUGAAACAGAUGCUCCAGAGCUCCACUCAACUAAGCAAGACUCUUAUGAAAAAGGUGGCGCUUCCCAGCGGUCCUCGAUGGGGCACCUGAGGAACAAUUCCCAGCAGAAGCAUUUGAGCAACAAAGAGCUGGUGCUGGAUAAUCUGUACACUCACUCCGAAUGGAAUACCUGCACAAAAGCCCUGAGCUACUUCUAUCCCCAGUGUGCUGGAAUCAGCCCACAAGAUCCAAGUAGUAAUCUCCAGGUCCAAGCAAAGGGUUUGUUUUAUUCAUCAGGCCCUCAAUCCUGGUAUCCCAAAGCAAAUAACCAGGAAUUCAUUCCGUUUACAAAGAAGCAAUUUGGAGUGGACCGGGCAUAUCCGCUGAAACCCAUAUUCCAUCGGAAGUCUCAUAGUACAGGUGAGGCUGGCACAGAUGGGGACCAGAAUGCCUUUCCACGACCCCCUGAGCCAAGAGAGUUUUCAUACAGCAGCUUUGGUCCUAGGAACUGGGUGAAUUCAUCUGUGAUUGGUAUUGGUGUUGCUAUGCAGAAGGAGAAGGCUAUAGUAACGCCCAACAGGUCUGAGUGGAUGCAGAUCCAAAGACUAGAAGCUGCAGGGGAGAGUUUAGAGGAGGAAAUCCGAAGAAAAGAGACCCUCCUGAGGGAAAAGCUCAAGAAGACAGAGGAGGAACUCAGAAGGAUCCAGAAGGAAAAGGAACAGGCUGAAGAAAAUGAAAAAAGAGAGCUACAGAGAAUGACACUUCCCAGGAGGAGAGUUAAAAGUAAUAGCAACCCCACGUACAAACCUAUCUUCUUCCCAGAAUACAAGUCUAAGGAGGUCUUCAGUAGAGACAGGGGAGAGGAUGAAACUUGGGGAUGGUCUCAAGAAAAUUCUAGUCCAUUCCAGUUCUCUGAUUAUGGAAUACAGAAGCUCAAAAGGGAAAGACUAGUGGCAAGCAAUAACAAAAUUCGAGACCAAGUCGCAGGGCUGUUGAAGUUUUCUCAGCCUUCAGAAGCACCAGGCAGUGCUUUGCCGGGAUCCACCAGCAAUUCUAGCUUGUCUAAGGCACCAGACUCCUCAGGUUCCAGCUGUUCCACUGAAGAGCCAGAACUUGGCGAGUGCAGCCACUGUGGACGCAAGUUUCUCUUGCUCAGGCUGGAGAGACAUUCCAAUGUCUGUAGCAGGAUGCAGAGUUCCAGGAGGAAAGUGUUUGACUCCUCCAGGGCCCGGGCCAAAGGCACAGAGCUAGAGCAGUACUUGAACUGGAAGGGACCAGCCUCAGUCAAGGUAACAGGGGCCUUAUGGAUUUGACUUUGAGCAGGGAUCUUUGUAAGGGCCUGUUAUAUACUCAUCAGUUUUUUUAAAGGAAAAUUUCAAGUGUCCCAUAGGGGGAAAGUGAGAAUUAACAUUCGUUGAUUAAUACUGUGUGCCAGUCACUGUGACAGGAGCUUUUAAAAUGACCCUCACCACAACCAUGUGAGGAUUUUAUUAUCACUUAUCAAUUUAAAAGUUUAAGUCUCAGAAAGGUUAACUUGCUUGAGAUCAGUUUUAAAUAGCAGAGUCAGCAUAUAAAUCUGGGUUGGAGUGACUCCAA